CAAGCAGGCUGUUGUUGUUUCGUAGCAGAAAGUUCGCGAUCGUGCACUGCACUUCUCGUUCGAAAGCUACGUAAAGGAGUCUCGAAAAAUUGGGAAAUGUAUCGGCUCUCCCCGACAACUGUCAAAAGCACAAUAUCGCGUCGUCUCGCGCCGACAGUUGUGAAUUAUUAUUCGCGUCGCGAUUGAUAAAUAAUAAACGGCGCACGUUGGAGGAUAAGAAAAAAACGCGAUAGGCGCGAUAACAAUGGGACGUGCAUCGACGACGACGACGACGACGACUACGAAACUUAUGCAGCUUAUACAGUUUUCUUGCGUGCAACAGUUGAAAACGAUCACGCGAUGAGUGAUUCGAUUCGAAGGGGCCAAAGACAGAGAGGACAGAACCUGCAAACGGCACACACACACGUGUGCGCUACUUUUGUUUUUGAAUCAUCCGACCGCAUCUUGUUAAUUGCACACUGAGUGUGAAUGCUCGCUAACGAGCUCCUGCCACCUCGUGUCGUGGUAACGUCGCUUUUGGUCGUUGCAUCGUGCGGGAGACCCAUCGUUGCUGCCGGCUCAUGGAGGAUCGAUACAUUGAUAUCGAUAACACCCGUCAUUGAUCUCGAUAAAUAUAUUAUAAAUACACGACUGCACCACGAUGCAUCGAUUCAUGCAGUUUUCCAUACUGUUGAUGGUAUUUUUUGAAAAUAUCAUCAACGUACCAGGAUCGAGUCACUGGGUCGUGACGGACGAUGGACUAAUCCGAUCUAUGGGAAUUUCAAAAUUUCAAAGAAAUAGAGAGUCCUAUGAUCUUAUAACAUUUUUGGAUCAAGCAAACAAGCAAGAUUCUGUCAACGAACUCUUGAGAACCAUGAAAGAAAGAAAGGCAAUGAUCCAUAAACUAUUUAGAGGACUACAUUCUGCAUCUGAGGUGGAAAAUGGCCUGCAUAAGACUGAUCACGAUUGUAAAAUGACAGAAAAAUAUGAUGUUGAUUUAGAUAUGCAUCAGAGCAUUGUGAUGGAUGGUGGCUUUAGAGAUGGAAUAAAAAGCGAGGAUUUUGGUUUAGAAGAAAUGCCUAUUGAUAGGAAAACAAUGGAUCCAAACUGUACAGAAACUUUCCCAUUGAAUUUCCAUAUGCUCACUUUUGAACAUUUACAAGGUAUGCGAGAUAGAAGGGAACUUACUCAAAAACCAGAAAAAAGUCUCAUGAAGUAUAUACCACCUUUUAUGGAAUUAGAAGAUCUAGGAAGUAAAAUUGCUCAUGGAUUGAAACAAAACAAAACUUCUUGGCUACAUUUAAACUUAGCUAGUAUUUAUUGGAGGAUAAAAGGGGAUGCUUACAAUGCUAUAGAAUGUGCAAGAAGAGCAGUUGUGAAAGCUCCUAGGUUGUACAGAGAUAUACCUUUAUUAAGUGUAGGAGGGAUUUUACAUGCUACAAAUUAUUCAACAGAUGCGGUAACUGUUUUAAAUACAGCCAUAGAUUACAAGCCAACUGAAAGUCUACAUCACUUGGCUCUUGCAAACGUCUAUGCACAUUUAGGAGAAUAUAAUAAAUCAAUUGAAUGCUAUGAUAAUGCUCUGAAACUAAACCCUCGUCUCGACGUUGCUAGAGGGGCUAAGCAUCAAAUCCGUUGUAAUUUAAAAUUGGAAAAUUUAUUGAGUGCUUUACAUCAACAAUUACUGGAUAUAUUGGCAGAGCUUCGAGCUUAUCAUAGUGAACAGACUGAGUUAUUAAGUUUUCAAGAAAAAAUUUUAUGGGAAGAUUUGAAACAAAUGCCAUUUUUGACUACCCCAGAAGGUAUUCUGGAUGAUGAGUUUGACUCUUUGUUAUCAACGAGAGGUCAAUCUUGUAUGCAAAGGGGCGAAGAUCAAUCAAUACUUUCUUGCGAUGUUGUGUCAGAGAGGCAAGUGUUCGCCCAGAAAUUGCAGAUGGACCUUCAAGUAUUGAAAAAUUUUGAAAAUCGAGCCAAAGAAAUACGGGAACGUAUGACAAAGUCAAAAACAAGCGAGGAUAUAUAUGAACAUUUAAUUCAACUACCGGAUUAUUCAAAAGUUUCUUCGGUAUUUAUGGAUCCAACUGACAGGCCUAAAUACCAUAAUUUAGAAAUAAAAAGGUCCGUUCACGAAUUUGAACAGACCAAUUGGCCCAAAAAUUCAUUAUGCGAAAAUAUGAUGCCUUUUACCGACGUGAAACAAUAUAUCCCAGUUUACUUACCACCAGAAAAUAAAGGCUUUGUGACUUACUUAUUCGUAAAUGAAUUGAUCGGAAUGAGUUCAGUAAAGGAGCAUCCACUGCCCUGGUAUCCACCAAUUUGUAAGGGAUCAAAACCGUUCAAUCCAAAGUAUAUUCCAGCCGAAUUGAUUAAAGCUACAAUGGGCUACAAUAAUCUGCCUGACUCGAGUUUAGCUCCUCACCUCACGGCUUUAGUGGAAAAUUCCGAGCUAUCCGAGAUCGGUCAGCGCAUUCUAACUGCUACUAAUUCCAAAGUCGCCGCGCCGUGGGUAUUAUCGAUGCUCGCCUCGCUGUACUGGCGUAUCGUCGGGAAACCUCGCAACGCCCUAGACUGCCUUCAGCUGGCCCUCGAUACCGUACCUGACAAAUUCAAAGACGUUCCCCUCGUUAGCGUAGCCUCGAUUAGUCACAAAUUCAGCCUCAUCGACAACGCGCUGUCCGCCGCGCAAGAGGCCUACAAGACCAAUCCCGUCGAGCCGAUGACCAACUUCAUGUACGGGACGUUGCUGCAUCUGAAGGGAAACUAUUCGGGCGCGAUCUACCACUUGAAGCAGACGCUGCGCGUGGAGCCGGACGCCAUGGACGGCCGAGCUCUGACGAUACUUCAGACGAUCGCCUGCCAGCAGAGAUUGAUCCAAAUUAAAACAGGCUCGAAAAGCGAUGACACUGCGACGUGGUGCAUUGGAAUCACUGAUUUGCCGGAUAAAUUCGAGACCCAUCAUACUCGGCUAGACGAGAGUAUUUUGUGCGAUAACGACGGUAGAAAUUGUAAACGCGUUCAAUGUUUCGCCGUUCAAAUUGACCCCGAUACGUUGUUGCCUGAUGUCUAAUGUUUUGCCUUAAUUACGUGAUAUUAAGACUUGAAAAGUAAAACAAACAAAAAUAACUGACCAAAGGAGUUGCAACGAGUUGACUCAUAUAGAAAAUAUAUUACUUAUUAUAAAAGUUGAGUUGAAUGAGUGGGUUAUCAAGAUGAUUGAAUGAUAUUUUGUAUGAAGCAUAUUUUUAUAUUUCUGAGAAUAUAAUUCAAGUUUAGAAUAUUUACGAUGUACUUGUUAAAAUAGUAUAAAAAAUGUUUCUGUUGACUUUACAUCGAUGUAUCUAUUGAAAAGGAUACAUUGUAACUAGUUCCUCAAAACAGUUCGUAUAAACUUAAUUGUAACUAUAAUUUAAACUGAUAAUGCAGGCAUUAGUUUUAGACGAGAGAAGGAAGUACAUAGUUAACACUUGAAAUGUUUAUGUAAUCCAAGUGCAAUUUUAAUGUUUUGCAUUUUUUAAAAAAAAAGUGAUGUAAUUUUUAUUCAUACAAAUUAAAUAUCUUUAGUUUAUUCAUUGUAACAAUGAUGUUCAUCAACUGUCAUUUUUGUAUACAAUUACAAAUGAUCUUAUAUUUAUAGCGGUUGAAAAAAAUUGUUACGGACGAUUGAGCUUUGAAGAUGGAUCCAGUGUAACGUCGAUCGAAUUUUCUUUGAUGUACGUGUGUCAAAGGGACCAAACGAUGCUUUUUCGUGCACGAAAACAUCGAUUUAGUCUUGAUUUUUAUUACUUUGAUUUCUUGUGGUACACGUUGUUUUCGCUACUUAGUUUAAACCGAAAAUAAAAAAGAGAAAGCUUAA